UCUCAGGUGUCUUAAACACAUUCAAACUGCUGCUGUCUAGUAGUAUGCGAAACGGUCAACAUAACACAUUGAUCGUGGUUUUGGAAGCACUGUGUUUUUUUAGAAAAUAAGUUUUAUAUGUUUAUAUAGUACUUUGUGUUCUUUUAUACAAAAUGACAACAGCGAAAGAAGAAACAUACAUCCCUGAUAUCAUUGUUGAUUCUACUUCUGGGGUGACAUACAAGAAAGGGCGGUUUUUCGGAAAGGGUGGAUUUGCAAGGUGCUAUGAAAUUACAGACACAAAAACGGGGAAUAUUUAUGCCGGGAAGAUCAUCCCUAAACGCUUAAUGAAAUCAAGUAAUCAGCGAGACAAGAUUAGUCAAGAAAUACAGAUUCAUAGCAGUUUAAGCCACAAUAAUGUUGUUGGUUUUUACGGAUAUUUUGAAGACAAUUACAAUAUUUACAUCGUCUUGGAGUUAUGCCGCAGUAGGUCGCUCAUGGAACUUCAUAAGCGGAGGAAAGCAUUGACAGAACCAGAAGUUCGGUAUUUUUUGCACCACUUGACUCUCGGAGUGAUGUAUUUACACCAACGUAAAGUGAUUCACAGAGAUUUAAAAUUGGGCAAUCUGUUUUUAAAUGAGAAUUUAGAAGUCAAGAUAGGUGAUUUUGGUUUGGCAGCGAGACUGGAAUUUGAUGGCGAACGAAAAAAGACUGUUUGUGGGACACCGAACUACAUAGCUCCCGAGAUUAUCAACAAGAAAGGACAUAGUUAUGAAGUGGAUAUAUGGUCAAUUGGCUGCAUCAUGUACACAUUGUUGAUUGGGAAGCCACCAUUUGAAACAAGUAGUUUAAAGGAAACCUAUUCAAGAAUAAAACGAUGUGAAUAUUACUUACCGUCACAAGCAAAGAUUUCAAAAUCAGCCGCAAAACUUAUUAGACAGAUGCUUCAACCAGAUCCAAAAUCUAGACCAAAAAUUUCGGAGAUUCCUCUAGCAGAGUUUUUCACUGACGGCUUGUUACCAAAGCAGUUGCCAACAACUUGUCUGACAACAGCUCCAAGGUUCGAUACUGUAAAAGCGGUGCAAGGAAGACGACCUCUGCUUGAAGUGAAUUCAGCUGGUGAAGCUGCUACAAUUUCUGCUGCCACCAAACCAAACUCAGGCCACAAGUGCUGUUCUGGAGAGAAUCCUGUGGCCUUAGAAUAUCGAAGAAACAUGAGAUCAUUAAUUGAACAGUUGGUUGGAGUUUUAAAGACAAAUCCUGGGGCUAAACCCAGUACUGUACCCUUGGAUGAGACAACAGAUCCUGCAUCUCACCCAUUUGUGUGGAUUAGUAAAUGGGUUGAUUAUUCAGAUAAAUAUGGUUUUGGCUAUCAGCUGUCUGAUGAUAGUGUCUGUGUUAUGUUCAACGAUUACACGAAGUUGAGCUUGCAUCCCAACCGAAAGAAUCUCUAUUACAUACUGGAAAACGGAGAAGAAAAGUUCUACACUGUUGAUAGUUACCCUGAUACAUUGGCAAAGAAGAUGAAGUUGUUGAAGUACUUUGAACGGUACAUGCAGGAUAAUCUGAUAAAAGCGGGAGCUGCAGUUCCUGUAAGAGAGUGUGAUUCCAUUAGCAGACUUCCAUACAUGUAUCAGUGGUUUCGGACGUCCAAUGGUGUUGUUAUGGUGUUGUCAAAUGGAACAGUUCAGGUGAACUUCAUCGAUCACAACAAAAUUAUUCUUUGUCCAUUGAUGGGUGCAGUGACAUUUAUUGAUGAUAGUCAAAACUUCAAUACAUUCAAAUUCUCUUCAUUAAAACAAUAUGGAUGCAGCAGUGCAUUAGCACAAUGCCUCAAGUUUGCAUAUGACAAGUUGUCUUCACUACUAGCACCAUAAGUCACCGUGCUUAGCGUUGGUAUAUGGAUACUUCCAAUGUCUACAGAAACCAGACUGACACUUUGUGUUUCUCUGUAGGUUUCAAAAGGCCUGUUACUCUACGCGUAUAGUAGUGGUUGCAAACUGUUGAUAUGGUCUUGCUGUGUGUUGCACUUGAUAGUUUGUGUCAUGAAAUCUGAUUUUUAUGAAGGUAUGGCACAGGAUGUGAGUUGGGAGCUUGUGUUAAGGUCUAUGAAAAGUGCACGUUUCAUGUGAUCCAAACUAAUGUGUGGAAGGAGGGAACUGUUUAACAGCCAUACUUGUAAUAAAAAUUGUGAAACGAAAUGACAAUUCUGAGCAAAAAGAUUGUGACAGUGGAUCUUUUAGACUGUGGAACUAUGCCCAUAUUUUUAAGAAUAUUUCAUUGAGAUUGACAGGCAGUUUUUUGAAGCUCCAGAAAUUGCGAACAGUCACCAAAAUAAGUCAAAAUAUUUUUUAUAGACUAUUGUUAGUAUUAUUUUUGUUUUGCACACUAUUAUAUAUAUCAUUUGUAAAUUUCUAUUGUUGGAUUUUGUUUUUACAAUAAUAAAUUGUCCCAUUUAAGUAACUGAGUUCACAUGUUGAUAAAAGAUACUGCAUUGCUUCUCUCUCUCUCUCUCUCUCUCUCUCUCUCUCUCUCUCUCUCUCUCUCUCUCUCUCUCUUUUCCCUGCCCCCCUCCCUUUCUGCCUUGUUCUCUGACACAUUCUUUACCUCCCAUCUGUCCCCACACCCCUUGCUGUCACCACCUUUUUUAUAUUUUUUUCCUAGAAGAAUGUGAAGUUUUAAUGUAGUGUGUGUUUUAUAUGUUAAUGUUUUUUCAUCCCUUAUCUGUUCUUUUAUAUAUUAAUAGAUACCUACUCCUGUGAAAUAAAAUAUUUUAAACUGUAA